AUGGCCAAUCUCGCCGGCGACGCGCAGCUCUUCGAAGAGAACUUCGUGGUAACCGCCUACGACCAGAGCAAGUACGCCCGCGUGGCGCGCAUCACCGCCAACAGCAAUGACAACCAGACGCAGAUGACGCUCGACAUCAACAUCGAGCUGUUUCCCUGCGCCGUGGACGAGACGCUGACGGUGGUGCUGGCGUCGUCGCUGAGCCUCGACGGCAGCAAGGGCGAGGAGGAGAAGGGCUGGCGCGACGUCAAGGGCGAGAGCAGCCUCGCUGACAUGUACGAUUACGUGUGCCACGGUAAGAUUUACAAGUUUGAGGAUGGCAAGGAUGGGCAGACUAUCAAGGCUUACGUCUCGUUCGGCGGACUGCUCAUGAUGCUCGAGGGUCCCUACAAGAAGCUCACGCCUCUACGGGUCGACAACACUUACCUACUGGUCAAAAAAUGA